UCACAAAGAUUAGACCGAUUAUGAGUUGGUUGUAGCGCCUUGAUGCAACUAUUCGUGUUCUGCGGAUGUGCGUGUUGCAUAUUAAAAAAUUGAAGGAACUUUCGCUAUUCCCACAUAUUCAGAGAUGUACGGGACUCGUCAGUUGUAGCAACCGAAUAACAGAGUGCCCAUGCAAAGAAACUAAGUAUCGCAUCUCAAUCCUUUUACUACACAAAAAGUGUCGCUCUCUGCUUAGUCAAUGACUUUCAGGCUUUUAUGGAUUAUUUCCUACAUACAUAAAAGUUGCUCCUACAACGCACUCUGACGUUCUGCGACACUCAAACGCCGUAUGUGCCUAUUUUCCCAGAGAUUGUCCGGCAACUGAUAACGCAACAUCUCUUCGCCAACGCCCACGCAUGUGUGUGGUAGAGACUUGUGCAAAGACUGUCUGAUUUCCAACUUUUGAAAUAAUUUCUGAACAAAAUUUGAUGGAUUUGCUCGCUUAGAAUUUAAAUAUGAAAUUCAAUAACCACCUUUCAAAGUAGGGGAUUAAACCGUCUGUCGGGCAAAAGGACCUGUUUUUUUUAUAUUACCGAACAAAAACAACUUUGGUUCAUGUGGACAGGAGUCUUUUUAUUCGUUGUACUCAGCCUUCUCCUUUAAAUUUCAAUUUUCUUGCGUUCAUUUCUAUUGCAUUUUCAAGCAAAAUGCGCACCAUCGUUAUAAUCGCACUAUUAAUUUUCGUAUUAUUUGUCUUUCUGUUUCAGGUGAGUUAAGUUUUCCCAGUCUACGUUAAUUAAGGAUGGGAUACACAAAUGACACGAAAGACGCCUCCGGCCUACGCGGACGGAGUAUACAUGAUGGCCGGUCAGGAUCGGCCGAGCCCUCGGCGCCUGAGUACAAUUUUCAUGAAAGGGGACGACGGUCUCGCCUCCGCCAAAAACCGCAGCGCCAUCCUCGCUUUCUUCGGUCAGGUGGUGAGCUCCGAAGUAGUCAUGGCCAGUGAGAGUGGUUGUCCAAUUGAGGUGCAUCGCAUUCAAAUUGACAAGUGCGAUGAGAUGUACGAUCCAGACUGCGCUGGGGACAAGUCCAUUCCCUUCCACCGUGCUGGCUACGACAGCAAGACUGGACAGAGCCCCAACAACCCUCGCCAACAGAUAAACCGAGUGACAAGUUGGAUUGACGGAAGUUUCAUCUACAGCAAUAGUGAGGCAUGGGUCAACGCCAUGCGCUCUUUCGUCAAUGGUUCCUUCAAAACUGAUCCAACUGGCAAGUGGCCCGUUCGAAAUACCAUGCGAGUACCCCUCUUCAACAACCCUGUUCCACAUGUACUCCGGACACUUUCUCCGGAACGGCUCUUUUUGUUGGGUGAUCCUCGAAGUAAUCAAAAUCCAGCCCUCCUAACUUUCAGUAUAUUAUUUUUUCGUUGGCAUAAUGUUAUUGCCAAGAAAGUGCAGGAAGCCCAUCCUGAGUGGUCAGAUGAAGAAGUUUUUCAACGAACAAGGAGGAUUGUGGUCGCAACUCUCCAGAAUAUCAUAGCAUAUGAAUACAUCCCAGCCUUCACAGGUCUAGAAUUACCAGAAUACGAGGGUUACAGUAUAGAUGUCCAUCCGGGCAUCAGCCAUGUUUUUCAGACUGCUGCUUUUAGGUUUGGACACACACUGAUUCCUCCGGGUAUUUAUCGAAGAGAUUCCAAGUGCAAUUUCAGAAAAACACCCAAGGGUAAACCAGCACUUCGACUUUGCUCUUUUUGGUGGGACUCAAAUGAUGCAGUCUCAGAGAGCUCUGUUGAAGAACUACUUAUGGGGAUGGCAUCACAGCUUGCUGAACGCGAAGAUACUGUACUCUGCUCAGAUGUUCGAGAUAGAUUAUUCGGGCCAAAUGAUUUCUCUCGCAGGGACCUUGGUGCACUCAACAUCAUGCGAGGACGAGACAAUGGUCUUUUAGAUUAUAAUACGAUUCGAACCUACUUCCACCUUCCAAAGGUAACAUCGUGGAAAGACAUCAACCCAACCUUACUCGGAAAACAUCCAGAAUUAGUGAAAAAAAUGUCAGACGCUUAUGGAGGCUCUCUAGAUAAUGUAGACCUCUACAUUGGUGGAAUGCUAGAAUCAACUGAUGGUCCUGGCGAGCUUUUUUCAUCCAUUAUCAUUGAGCAAUUCACAAGACUUCGAGAUGCUGAUAGGUUUUGGUUCGAGAACAAAGACAACAACAUCUUCACAGAAGAGGAGAUUGCUGACCUGCGAAGAGUGACAUUAUGGGAUGUCAUUGUUAACAGCACUGAUGUUCCCCCUGACGCAAUCCAGAAAAAUGUUUUCUUCUGGAACGAUGGUGAUCCAUGUCCACAACCAGCACAACUGAAUGCUAGCCAGCUGGAGCCAUGCUCUUACCUCAAGGGCUAUGACUAUUUUGAGGGAAGUGAAUUAGCUUUCACCUACGCAAUUGUCUUCUUGUGCGUUGUUCCAUUAAUUUGCGGUGCUGCAGGAUAUGGAGUAGUAAAGUUGCAGAACCGUCGACGAAGACAACUGAGAAUGAGGCAAGAAGAACUUAAAUCAGGGCCAGUCAAAACCUCUGGCCUAGCCACAGUCGAUAAAAUGGCUGUAAGGGAGUGGCUCCACGCAAACCACCGCCGUCUGGUCAAAGUUCGCUUCGGACCAGAGGCCAGCCUACACACAGUGGAUCGCAAAGGAGAAAAGCUGAGGUCUGUCAACUUCAAAAAUGCUGAUACUAUCACCAUUGAAGAAUCUCUGGUUGAUGAAAGAGGGAAACGUAAACGACCAAUGGUGUUGAUCAGGGUGCCUCGAGACCAUGACUUAGUGCUGGAAUUUGAUUCAUCUGCAGCAAGACGCAAAUUCUUAUCAAAGAUGGAAGGUUUCCUGAAUUCACACAAAAAGCAUCUGAUUGUUGUUCAGGCUCCACGAGAGUUAAUGCUGGCUAAAGCAGAAACAAGAGAAAGGAGACAAAAGCGACUGGAACAUUUCUUCAGGGAAGCAUAUGCCUUGACGUUCGGCUUGAAACCUGGCGAAAAGCGGAGGCGGGAAGAUGAAGGUGGAGAGGUCGUUAUGAGAACAUCUCUAUCUCGAGCUGAGUUUGCCUCUGCUUUGGGCAUGAAACCAGAUGCUGUUUUUGUUAGAAUGAUGUUUAACAUUGUUGAUAAAGAUGGUGACGGACGAAUCUCAUUUCAGGAAUUUUUGGAUACAGUUGUCCUGUUCUCACGAGGAAAAACUGAGGACAAAUUACGAAUUAUCUUUGACAUGUGUGACAAUGAUAGAAAUGGAGUAAUAGAUAAAGGGGAGUUGUCGGAAAUGCUUCGUUCACUGGUUGAAAUUGCCAGAACAACCAGUUUGUCGGAUCAACAUGUUACAGAUUUGAUAGACGGCAUGUUCCAGGAUGCUGGUCUUGAGAGCAAAGACUUUUUGACUUAUGAUGAUUUCAAGGAAAUGAUGAGAGACUAUAAGGGAGACUUCGUGGCAAUAGGCUUGGAUUGCAAAGGAGCCAAACAGAAUUUCCUGGACACAUCUACAAAUGUUGCUAGAAUGACAAGUUUCCAUCUGGAUCCAUCUCUUGACGAGGACCGCAGCUGGUUGAAAAAGAACUGGGAUUGUCUCACAACAUUCCUUGAGGAGAACCGACAGAAUAUUUUCUAUCUCUUUAUAUUCUACGUCAUCACCAUUUCUCUCUUCGUUGAAAGAUUUAUCAAAUAUUCUUUCAUGUCGGAACAUACGGAUCUGCGACACAUAAUGGGAGUAGGGAUCGCCAUCACUCGGGGCUCAGCAGCCUCUUUGUCGUUCUGUUAUUGCUUGCUGCUGCUGACCAUGUCGCGUAACCUGCUGACAAAACUGAAGGAGUUUUCAAUCCAGCAGUACAUUCCUCUUGAUGCUCACAUUCAGUUCCACAAGGUGGCUGCGUGUACUGCCCUCUUUUUCUCACUCUUGCACACGGUUGGUCAUAUAGUCAAUUUUUACCAUGUCUCGAAUCAACCGCUGGAGCACCUUCAAUGCCUCACAUCAGAGGUCCAUUUCCCCUCUGACUACAAACCUGGCAUCACAUUCUGGCUGUUUCAAACCAUCACCGGAAUUACUGGGGUUCUCCUUUUUGUUGUCAUGGUCAUCAUUUUUGUGUUUGCUCACCCUACAAUCCGCAAGAAAGCUUACAAGUACUUUUGGGCAGCACAUAGUCUUUAUGUGGCUCUUUAUGCUCUCAUGUUGGUUCAUGGUCUGGCACGAAUUACAGGCCCGCCAAGAUUCUGGAUGUUUUUCAUCGGUCCCGGUAUCGUCUUUAUUUUAGAUAAGGUGGUGAGUCUGCGGACAAAAUACAUGGCUUUAGAUAUUCUAGAAACAGAGCUAUUGCCAUCCGAUGUAAUCAAAAUCAAAUUCUAUCGGCCUCCAAACUUCAAAUACCUAUCGGGCCAAUGGGUGCGCCUAGCAUGCACAGCAUUCCGUCAAUCCGAAUUCCAUUCUUUCACGUUAACAUCUGCGCCUCACGAGAAUUUCUUAUCAUGCCACAUCAAAGCACAAGGACCUUGGACGUGGAAACUGAGGAACUAUUUUGAUCCUUGCAAUUUCAAUGUUGAAGUUGAUCAACCCAAAAUUCGAUUAGAAGGUCCAUUUGGUGGUGGGAACCAAGACUGGUACAAAUUCGAAGUAGCAGUUAUGGUUGGUGGUGGCAUAGGUGUCACACCUUACGCCUCCAUUCUCAAUGACCUUGUCUUUGGGACGUCAACCAAUAGAUAUUCAGGAGUGGCUUGUAAAAAGGUUUAUUUCCUGUGGAUUUGCCCCUCUCACCGUCAUUUUGAGUGGUUCAUCGAUGUACUGAGGGAUGUGGAGAAGAAGGAUGUUACGAAUGUACUGGAAAUCCACAUAUUUAUUACCCAAUUUUUCCACAAGUUUGAUCUGAGAACAACAAUGUUGUAUAUUUGUGAGAACCACUUCCAAAGAUUAUCCAAAACAAGUAUGUUCACUGGUCUAAAAGCAAUCAAUCAUUUUGGACGUCCAGACAUGUCAUCUUUCCUGAAAUUUGUUCAGAGAAAACAUAGUUAUGUAAGCAAAAUUGGUGUAUUUAGUUGUGGGCCCCGUCCACUGACAAAAAGCAUCAUGUCUGCUUGUGAAGAAGUGAAUAAAGGAAGAAGACUGCCAUACUUCAUUCACCACUUUGAGAACUUUGGAUGAUUUUCAAAGAAGAAACUCUUUAGGUCUCAAUUUUUUAAUUUCUGCCUGCCAUUUUGUAUUAUAGAUUGUUAAUGUUGUACAUUGUUAAUUGUGUUUAUUUGUAAAAAAGUUACCUGUAAUUUGUUUCCUAUUUUUGGCGCCAGAGCAGGUUAAAAAUGUCUGGCGACAAUUCUGUAAAUGGCUUCAACAAGCGUUAAACAAAUGUUUUGUAUUAUUAAUCAAAUACUUUGUAUUCAUCAGGUUUUCCUUUUUUAUUGUUAAUUAGAUUUCAGUGGUUGUGAGUCAUAAUUCUAUUUUCAUUUAGGCUAAGAAAACUGUCACUAUCAAAAAAAACAUCUCCUUGCUAAUCAGUAAGUUAUGUGUUUCACACAAUUGCUUUGAUGAAUGAAUUUCAGAGCUGGCAAAAAAAAGUCGAAUCCGUCCAAACGCAAAAUUUUAAUGUCUUAUCAGGGAUCAUUAAAUGCUCUCGUGUAAUGCAGGCAGUGAUGCAUUUUCAUUUUGUAACAAACAUGGUUGUAAAUACCUCUCCUGAUCGAAUAUACUUCAUGUAAAAGUUAAACUUGGGAGUGAACUUUCUUUAAACAUACUUUUAUUAAUUGUAAUUGUAUUUUUUUUUUAUUGUAGUUAUAUUACAAGUGAAAUAAAACCAUUCGAAAAUAUUUCAUAAUUCAGCUCUGGACUCAACAAAACUCUUGACCUGUUAAUAACAAUUUCUGUGAGACACAUAACUGAUCCAUCGGUAAAAUGUUCAUGCAUCACCGAAACAUUGUUUCCGAGGAAUCCAGGCUAAACUAGAGAUUUAUUGUUGAAGUCAUCAGAAAAAAUGAAUAUCAGUAUCUCAUAUAAUUUCCAUCUUUUUAGAGCAGUUGUAUAACCGAUUGGUUGCUGGUCAUAAUUGGGAAUGACAGGGACAUUGUUGUGCUGGACAGAUUGUGCAUUUCAGCAAAUGUCUUACUAUUGGGUUUCCCUCAGCCGUGUCAAUUUUGCCAAAGCUCUAUUCAAACGCAAUUUAAUUUUACUUUCUCGAAGAGUCCCAAAAGUCUUCAGACUGGUGGUGUCUUGACUCCAAAACCCAAAUAAGUUACCCACAUUCAUUGCCAGCAAUCAUAGUUUUAGAGUUACCACACAAGUUUCACAUGACUUUAGGGACAGUCUAUUUAGAAUAAGUUUAGAGCUCUAAUCAAACGAGGCUUUGCAUCUGCAUGAGAGUACCAGUGCCAUUGAUAUUUGGGCUCAAGCUUUCCGAAGCCCUUGGGACAAAGUUUUCCUUUUUUGAAGAGUGCUUUGUUGCCAACCUAAGUAACGCAACAAAACUAUGUUACCAUUCAGCCUAGUUCUUCAUACCUUUUGUCACUAUCUAUUUCUUUCAUUAAAGAUCUUACUUGAGAGAUUGCCUUUUGAUUUCUGCUGACCUAACUCUGCCAUAGGAGCUUAAUUCAUGCAACUGACUCCAUAUUUUCUAAGCCAUGUACAGCUGUGGUGAUUUUAUUGCACUUUGAAUUGAAGAAAAUUGAGGCUAUUAAUGGCUUAAAUAAAGCUAAGUUUAUUUGCAAGGAUGUAACAAUUAUUCAGUCUUAUACCUUUAAUUGUUGGGAAACAAUUUUCAUUUUCAGUCAAGUAGCAUUCAAGAUGUUAAAAAUAAAUGGUCAUGAAGAAACAGUCCUGGCCCUAAAGCACUGUCCCACCAGGAUCGACAAUGCGCAUGUUUCAUCAUGAAUUAUUAAAUUAUUUUAUGAUUGAUGCUUUUCCUCUCUCUUUCUUUUAAAAAUAGGUUAUUUUUGUUCUUUUCUUCUUUUUCUAUUUUUUCUUUUAAUGUUUCUAAUAUUGAAUCUGUGAUUUUGACCAAUGGAAACCUGGACUUGAACCAGAGCUAGGUUUCCUGAGUAUUUAUUUUUGAGUUGGUUUUUUUUUUUUUACAUUACGCUCCAUUCUACCCUUUGUUUUUAUGAGUUCAGUCAAAAUUUAAGCUAGAAAUGUGUAUAAAAUUGAUUUAGGUUAAUUAAACAUAAUGUCCCAAAGCCAUGCAUCUGAGGGUGUAUCGGCUUAUUUAUACAGCAUUUUAAAUUAUUUCUAUCACCCUUUUUAGGUAGAAAUAAACUGAUGUUGAUUAAGUCGGUGCUAAACAGAUAACUCUGACGUAGGAACUUCCAGUACAUUAAAAACUGUAUAUUUUAACUGUGUGUAAUUUUUCUUCAUCUUUAAAUGCGGUCACAGUUAACAGUCAGUCCCUAUUUCAAAAAAGCCAUUUUUAUAAAAUUUUCAUUAAAUUUAAUCAUUCUUGUAUUUAGCUUUUAGAAACACCUGUCGCCCUUUAUUCAACCAGAAACUUUCAAAUGGAAUAGGCAAAGCAUUGUUCCUGCGUCAAG